AUCUACCACCAUUCACCUCACUGUCGCCUGAUCAUCCAACUAACGUCUUGCCAUCAUCAAAGGAUCUACACUCACAUCAACUACUGAGCCGAACGCCCGCUCUCAGCUCUGUUUCCACACUAUCCAGUGUCCUCUAUUCAAUUGCCAACAGCGACAGCGGCUCAGGCCAAUAAACGCAUAAAGCUCCUUGAACUUGCUGGUCUGAACGCACCAAAAAGCAGACAAUAAGUCAUACAUGUUCUGGAGAUUUGGCUUCCAUAAUGCAUCUACUAUCGACAGCUUACUCGACAAGGAGGAUAUCUCGCUCGAGGCAAUUCUAGAUGAAGAUGAACUACUCCAAGAAUGCAAAGCCCAGAAUACAAGGCUUAUCGACUAUUUUUCGCGUGUCGACGUAUUGCAGCGGUUGCUGGGCUACGUUACCGGUCAGAUAGAGGGGGAGGACAAGGGUGCAUUCAAAUAUCCCUAUGUCGCCACCGAAGUCCUGUGCAGCGAGAUAUGGUCUAUAGUCGAGACGUGCCUCAAUAAUUCGGAGCAAUUGUUAACGCCAUUCUGGGAGACAGUACUCGACAGGUCAUCCGAGGAUAUGAAGACUCAGAUGGUGAUGGCAUCCCAUUUUGCCAAAAUUAAUGCCGUGUUUCUGAGCAAAAAGCCUGCCGAGAUGCUCGCUUUCAUUCAAGCACAACCCAACGUGGUCGACAGGUCACUUCGUCAUAUUGAAACGCCACCGUUCGCCGAUCUUCUAGUGCGCAUCAUCCAAUUAGACGAACUACCGGCUGGUGCAGGUGUCCUAGAAUGGCUGUCUCAAGAGAAUCUCAUGUUCAAACUGAUAGACCUUUUAGCACCUUCACAGAGUGCGAAUAUGCACACAGUCGUCGCCGAUCUUAUCAAGGGUAUCAUUUCUAUGGCGGCGCCUUCCCCUGCUGCAGGUCUUUCGGAUGGAAUGGGCAAUGGCCCUGCUUCAAAUCGCUUUGCACGGGAAUUGGCACAUCGGGACAGUGUGGCGAAGCUCACAAGCUACAUCCUAAGCGACUUUCCCAAGCCCCCAAAUAAAACUGGCGACUCAGGUAAAGACAACGAGGAUGACGCUGAGCCGCCGCUACCAAACGCGGAGUCAACGACAUCCAGUAUUGUACAGUCAAUAUGCAUCAUCAUCGAGCUGAUACGACAGAACAACUCUGACUACUUCGAACCAUAUCUCUUCCAUACCCUACGUAAUCGGCUCAUUCAUGUUCAGCAACAAUUACAGAUGCAUACCCAAGAUGGCCGCGCAGCUCUAGAAAAGGCUAUGAAAGAUAUGGUGAACCGCAUGGGUGUCGUUCACCUCGGGCCUGUCUUGGAGAUCAUGAUUGACAAAUUGGAGGACCUUCAAAAGUACUUGCGGAAUCCCCGUUCUAUGAAAGGACCGGUCUUAACGACCGUUGGGGCACUGACACCAUUAACCUUCGAACGAUACCGGAUAUGCGAACUCUAUGCCGAACUUCUGCAUUGCUCAAAUAUGUCUCUCUUGAACCGCCCCUCGGAAUACGACCAUUUAUAUGAUGCGGAAGGACGUCUUCAAGGUGGCCUUUCUGCUCUCGAGGAACUCGCCCAAGUGAUCGCAAUCGGUGCCGGCAACGAGCGAGACGGGGAAGGCAUGGACGACGAGAGCGACGAAAUCGAGCCUGCUCACGAGUUUCCUGUCUCAACUGCUUCUCAUGACUCUGUCUCACUUGACUCGGAUGACGACAUGAGUGGGGACGAACCAGACAGCUCUGACGACGAAGCCAUGGAGGACAUCGCAAUCCACGACGAGUCUAAUGAAUUUAGUCACAGCACUUCACCGCUUCCUGAAACACCACUUGAGAGAUUUCCUUCUUCCUCGCUAUCUGAUCCAACUUCGUCGCUGGCGGCGCGAAGAAGUAAUUCUGGUUCGGAUUCCGGUAACUCAACUGCCCGCCCUCGGUCAAGCAGUUCUCGGAGGAGUACACAUAGGUCGAGUACGAUGGGUAGCCAGAAUAAUAUUAGUGGCCCGCUCGUUCUUGGAGAACGGUUGAAGCAAAAAUUCCUCGAUACGAAUGUCGCUUCGACACUUCUGGACCUCUUCUUCGACUUCCCUUGGAAUAACUUUCUGCACAGUAUCGUUUACGACCUGAUACACCAAGUCCUCACAGGUCGUGUAGAUGGUGGCUACAACAGGGAACUCACGAUUGGUCUAUUCAGAGAUGCUCGAUUACUGCACCGCAUCAUCGAGGGCUCAAAACGGAAUGACAUUGAGAGCGCAAAACCUAAAGGCGUUCGGUUAGGCUAUAUGGGCCACCUAACCCUCAUCUCCGAAGAUGUGAUCAACGCCCUCGAACAUUUUCCUCCCGAAUUACGUCUCAUAAUCGCUCAACAUGCUCCUCAACCCGAAUGGGAUGAGUACGUCACUGGUCGGUACAAAGAGACCAAGAAGAAGGAUUCAAGUCUUCUUGGAGGUGGAAAACCUGUCAUCGCACCCGGCAUGCGUGGCGCGGCUCAGUGGAAAGUUGAUGAGGCGGAUACUGGGGCAGCCACUAAUGCAGAGCGGGAUAGGGAGGCUGAACAGGAGGGUAGGGGAGAGCUGAGGAGGAAUAUUAGAACCGCCAGGGAAGGUAGUGCUGAUUUCGGUGCGGCUCCAAUGGAGGAAGACGAUGAUGAUGAGUUCCAUGCUGGGCCUCCACAUUUCGCUCGCUACCUCGCGCAAGAGAUGCAAGGGUCGUCAGAACAUUUCUCUUCCGAUGAGGCAUCAGAUGACGAUGAAGAUGGCGGUUGGCUCGCACACUCAUCAUUCGAGCUUCGACCACCUCCAACGAUAUCCACUCGCCAGCAUAACGGGCCGCAGAGAUCACCCAGUCGCAGUGGCUUCGACGACUCAUUCGCUCCCACGUCGUCAUCAACGGAACCAACAUAUUCAGAUCCUUUCGACGAUGAUACUUUUGGACCCUUCACAGAUGCCGCCGCAGCGCCAAGCACAUCUACUACCGAUCCAUUCGGACUCUCGUCAUCAGGGGGCGCGACAGAGGAGAUGAUCGAAGAGUCUUCAUUUGACAACUUCGGCGACUUUGGAGACUUCCAGAGUGCUGGCACUGUAGAAAGUGUCGGCACAUUGUCACCGACACCAGGGAGCUGGAGUUUUGACAGCGUUUCGAGUACGAGCUCGUUGGAUGAGCAUCUAGGACCUGGGCGAGUAAGUGAAUCACCCAAAGAGCAUGAACGGACUGGUAGAGACGCAUAGCAAUACAAUACUUCUUUACUCGUUUGUUUCGAUGUCUGUUAGGAAGGAAUUCCAGCUGUGGUUCGAUAUUGUACAUAUUUGGGUAUUCGUCAAGAAAGAAAAGCUUGUAAACUUAUAAUCCUCUUGUCUCUUUGCACGACCCAACUGCACUGUUCAAAGCUUCAUUAAGCUUCAAAU